AAGGGUGAUAGCAGUACGACGUCGCCUCAUUCGUCCGCGGUCUUGUGAGCCGCGCGCUCUCUCGGCCUCGUCAUGUCGCUCCAUUAACUACUAAAACGCUCGUUAAUAAUCCACUGACUAAUCUAGUGGCGGGUCCGAUCAAUUUCACCCCAACCAGCCAAUUCACUUUCAUGAUUUUUUUUCAGUGAUGUAAAUAAAUUGUGUGUGUGAUUAUUUUUUGUUGUAAGAAUGGAUGACAUUGAAUUAGAGACGAUGAAUUUAACCUGGGACGAAAAUUUCAUUUUCUUAAUGGAAAAUUGGACGCGGCUUAAGAACAUGAGUGAGGAAGAGUACUUGGAGUAUCAGUUGGGGCCUAAACAUUUGAGCUUGUCUGUUGUUGUACCGAUUACUGUAGUGUAUGUGAUUAUUUUUAUUAUGGGGAUUGUCGGGAAUAUUUUAACUUGUUGGGUUAUUCUUCGUCAUCAAUUAAUGCAGAGCGCUACUAAUUACUACUUGUUCAGUUUGGCCAUUUCUGAUUUAUUGUUACUUGUUCUCGGAUUGCCCUUCGAACUCAGUGUUUUUUGGCAGCAGUACCCCUGGGAGCUGGGCUGGGGGCUCUGCAAAAUAAGAGCUUAUGUCUCAGAAACGUCUUCGUACGUAUCAGUAUUAACGAUAGUGGCUUUCUCCAUGGAGAGAUACCUGGCGAUUUGUCACCCUCUACAUCUCUACGCGAUGAGCGGGCUGAAACGACCGCUUAGGUUCAUCCUGGCUGCUUGGAUCCUGGCGAUGAUAGCGGCCAUACCGUUUGCCAUCUACACUAAACUUAAUUACGUCGAGUAUCCGCCUGGAAGCGGACGAGACUCUGAAGAAUCAGCGUUCUGUGCAAUGUUACUGCCCAACAUGCCGACAUUUCCAUUGUACGAAUUGAGUUGCUUGGUAUUCUUUCUGAUACCGUUGCUUCUCAUAAUGGUGCUUUACAUUCGCAUGGGUCUCAGAAUACAAAGUACGACCUUAGGACGGAGCAUUGAAGGAACAGUACACGGCGAGACUAAACAAGUGCAGUCACGAAAAUCCAUCAUCAGAAUGCUCAGUGCUGUAGUGGUAACAUUUUUCAUAUGUUGGGCGCCAUUUCACGCGCAGCGACUUCUCUACGUCUACGAUUCAAAAAGACUACUCGGUGCGAUAAAUGAGUGGCUGUACUUCCUCGGGGGAUGCCUGUACUACAUAAGCACCGCAAUAAAUCCUAUUCUAUACAAUGUUAUGAGCGCUAAAUACAGGGGCGCCUUUGUGGAGACUCUUUGCUGCACCCCGUCGAUUAACAGCCCGCUGAACAGAGAAGACCAGAGCAGCGUUAAGGAAACAAUGGUCUAUCGGUGCGGUUCCAUAAGAAAUUCACAAAUAGCAAGAGGUCGGAAACGCAGUAUGAGAUACCACCUGGAUAAUUCAAGAGACGACGAAAAUAACUACCUCCAGCACGAACGAUUCUUAACUAACCUCACGGUGAUGAAUAAUUUAAACGACAGCCCCGGCGAAGGAAAACUCGCAACAGUUAUUCAUGCAAGCAACGGACGGGCUAAGUGCAAAGCUUCUGAAAAGAAUAUUCUUCUGGAUGAAACUCAUAUUUGAAAUAAAUAUACAUAUAUUUUUUUCAUUGCGUCACUACUAUUCAAACAAACCAUCUUCAUUAACUGUGAUUUUGAUGCCGGAGCUUUAAAUUUAUUUUUUAUUCAUGCUUCUAAAAAUGGCUCGCUGUACAAAAUUGUGUAAAUACUCAAUUUUUUCUAA